AUGACUCAGCCUCCGGUCCUCAUUCUAGAACCUCCCGGCUUAACUGCCGUCAGGAGCGGCCCGGCCCUUGCUCCCCCCGAGUCACCCCAGCACCCUUCGCCUUCUCCGGACCUCCCCGCGACGCCCCGAGAACCCUCUGCGUGCGAGAGCGAUCCCUCUCCGAGUGGACCCAGCAGCAGCGCCAGCCUCGCCUCCAUCCGCAGCGAGGGCCCGGGCAUCCGCUUCCAGGGCAUCGGGCCGGUGGAGCCCGGCAGGGCUCCCAGCAACCCAGACGGGGAAAAUGGAAGCGCGGGCAGGCGGCAGGGGGCGCGCUCCGUGGGUGGCCCUGGGCGGAGCCCCCCGCAGCGCGGCCCGGGACCCGGGAAGGCCGCGGGACCUCCCGAACAGAACACACGGGCGUUUCUGUCCAGACUCGCGGCCCCCAGCAGGACCGCGCUCCCGCAGGGCCGCGUCGAGCUCCAGAGAGGCCCUCAGAGGCGGGGGCGGCACCUUUUCCGGGAGGAUCUGCUCGUGGUGGCCAAACUCACGUCCAGUAAGUGGAAGCUGAACCCGAAGGCGACACUGAGUGGCGUGUGGGCGGCGAGCUGUGUGAAUGAGGUGGCAGGAGGCCACACGGACGCCACUCGAUCGUUUGUCCUGGGCUGGCCCGCGGUCAACGUGGUGGCCACUUCCAGCUCCGCAGAAGAGAAGGACAGGUGGCCCCUUCUGCGUCAGAGACACAUCAGCCUAGAGAAAGAGAAGGGCCAUCCGAAGACCAUUCCCCUCUCAACGUCCCCCAAGGCCACGGGGAAUCGUGUCUGCUCCACGAUUGUGACAGCAAGGAAUUCAGACACAGCCAAUGACCUUAUCAACAUGUCACUCCCGAUGCUGCGCAUGCCUGGUUCAGAGAGAGACCACCGGUGACGGGGCAACUGUGGCCGAGAAGAGGGAUCGCGCCCACUCAUUGGGCACGAGGGUCCCUCCGGAAGUAAAGCGAGCCGCCUUGGAGGCAGCGCGCUGCGGGGGCGAGGCGCGGACGGCGCCCCCAGCGCCCUCGGCCUCCGAGCGCUGAGCCUCGCGGAGCAGCUGCCGCGGGAGGUGCGGUGCCAGGUCGCCCUGAAGCGCAGGCGCCCGGCGGCGGCCCCGGGGCCCAGGGCGCCCGCGUCUGCGGCCCCUCCUGUGCCCCGACAGCUGUCUGGCGUGUCGCUGGCAAAUCUCUGCAAGCGCGACCACCGGCGGCCUGUCUGCGAGAUGCUCUUCUGUCUUCAUCAGAGGGGACCCCUCGCCCGAGGAGGAUUUCGCCUGUCGGCCAGCAGGGCGUCUUGCCGAGAGCUGAAGGAGCGACUCAAUGCCGGGGUGGAAGUCCAGCUGGACUCUGAAUCUGUUUUCGCGGUAACAUCCGUUUUCAAGGAUUUCCUGAAAAAUAUUCCAGGAAGUGUCCUGCCAUCAGAUCUCUACGGUCGCUGGGUCUGUGUGAUAGAUCACGAAAACGAUGAAGAGAAAAUACGCAGAAUUCAAAGCCUGUUAGACCAGCUCCCCAGAGCCAAUGGGGUUCUCCUAAGGGACCUUUUCGGGGUGCUGCGCGACACCGAGCCCCAUGCCCCAUUCAACCAGAUGACCGCACGCAACUUGGCGGUGUGUGUCGCCCCCAGCAUGCUCUGGCCUCCUACUUCCUGCAGCUUAGAACUAGAAGCCGAAUUUAUAAAAAAGAACACUCUGCUCAUUCAAUUUAUGAUCGACAACUGCUGUCGGAUCUUUGGAGAAGAAAUCACUUCCCUCUUUGGAGAGGCUUCAGGGAGACCCGAUACUAGAGACGGAGCCUCGGACACCUCUGUAGUGAAGGAGACCGCCGCCCGCGACAGCUGGGCGAAUGAGCUGGGUGAGGACCGCGGGGCCUCGCGCAGUGACCUGGGAACGAACCUUGGUCAGGGGAGCGGGGGCAUGGGCUCCGUCUUAACCCUUCCUGACGAUGACCUUGGCCAGCCUCAGGUGGAAGGUCGUUUAACCCUGAGUGACUUUGGCUUAGAUCUUCCUCAACAGGAAGACACUCAAGAGCGCUGGCCCCUUGAAUCCACACCGGUGGCCAUCUCCGUGGCGUCUUGCAGCCACGUGUCCCCACGGGGUUAUCCCGAGAACCAGCCCUCCGAUGCAGACACGUGGGGGCGACCCCGCCACGCAGGUCGCAGGCCCUCCAGCGCUCCCGGAGGCGCCGGUGCUGCUCGGAGCCCGACGCUGAUGACCAGUCCUGCGCACUGGGCUGUCUCGGGAAGCUAUUUGCCAGGAAAGAAAAGAAAACCAGCUGCAGAGCCGGUCACUUGCCCGGAGAGGAGGAUUAUCUGGCCAGUGGCAAAGAGGACACCCCCCCAGUGUCAGUUCCAAGUGCCUCCUGAAACUCCUCAGCCCAGCACCUGGUGGCGGAGAAGGUGGGCCAGGCUGAAAGGCAGGUCCCUCAAAAAGAAUGGAAGGGCAUUCACAUUCCUUCCAGAAGCCAACUCGCUGCAGGUUAAAGAGACAGACAUGUGCCCGAGGGCAGUGGAAGAACUUGGAGCAGAGCAGGAGGCCCGGUCCCAGGAGACCGAAGACUUCAGAGCCCAGCAGGAGGCCCGGUCCCAGGAGACUGAAGCCAAGGCCCAGCAGGAGGCCUAA